AUGCCGUCCUGUGAUGCCCACACUUUCUCUCACACCCUCAAGUCCAACUCGAUCACCGCCGGAAAUGUGGAGGUCAAUACGCAGCUCGACACUGCGAGCAAGACUCGUCUCGACGGAGCUGCCAUGGACGUGGAAGGUCAACACAGGAUGUACAAGGAGGAGGUCCAACAAUCAUCCCACCUCAAGGACGAGAUACAAUUGUUGAAACAUCUUUGGCAUCGCAGAAUCAUCCGCAUAUCGAGAGAUUUCAAAGUCUGGAACGAUAGAAGUGAAUCGAAAUUCAGUAUGAGCCUACGAAUGCCGAACCAACGCGAGGACCGCACAGACAUCAGACUCAGAGUCAGGGGUGAAUCGGGUUCGACAAGCUUGGACCAAUUGAAGGUGGAAGCCUUCUCGUGUAUGGUCUCGAAGCUAAAGGAAGAAGGACUAUGGGACAAGCUGAUCUCCGAAGAGCGUCCGCUUGCAUCCAAGGAGGAGCCACCUUUGCCUGCGAAAUUGAGUUUGUCUGAUAUCGCGGAGGACCAGCGCGUGGCAGACAAUCCUGUCUUGAAAGAUCAGGAAAAGCCCGAAGAACCGAGUCUCCUGCCAUUCGAGCUGUGCCAAGAUGACUUUAGGAUAUUUCACUCUCUCGAGCAGAAAAACUUUCUUCAGCAUGACACUGAAUUUUCAGGCAAUCAAUUUGAAGGUAUGACAUGCCUUGUGACUUGCUCGAUUCCUGUCUUGAAGCAGGAGCUUCAAGUUGCAGGGCAUGGAAUGAGAAAGCGUGAUGCUAAAAAGGAGGCAAUCUAUGGCUUGAUUACAAGAUUGCGAGAAUCAGGUAUCUGGGAGCAGCUGAUUCAACGAGAUCACAUCAGAGCGACCGUCAACGAUGAUCUGCUAUAUAUGAUGCAUUUUGGAACACAGACCUUGAACGAUGCAAAUGCCAAGCUACGGUCGUUGAUGAAGGUACAAGCCAAGAACACCCGACCAAUCCAAAGCGACAAGGGCACUUCGAACGCCUACAAAACCAAGAGGUCUGAGCAACUCGCCCAGUCUCUUCGAAAGUUCCGUCAAUCUAAAGACCCCAAGGUGCUGGCGAUCCAAUCCGCAACCAGCACACUUCCUGUCAAUGAACGCAAAGACGAGAUUCUUGGUCUGAUCAAGAAAGAGACGUACAGUAUAAUCGUGGCUGAAACAGGCUCUGGAAAAUCUACGCAAGUGCCUCAAUUGAUUCUCAACGAUGCUAUCGAAGAGGGCAAAGGUGGUCAUUGCAACGUACUUUGCAUUCAACCACGACGUAUUGCGGCUCGCAUGCUAGCGCAACGUGUUGCUCAUGAGAGACUUGAAAACAUCGGUAACACAGUUGGCUAUAUGAUACGAUUUGGAAUCAGACGGCCUGCCAAAGGUGGCAGUAUUACUUAUUGCACGACUGGGCUCGCUUUGAACAUGCUUCAAGACAAUCCCGAGCUUCUGAACUCAUUCUCUCACAUCAUACUCGAUGAGGUUCACGUGCGGGAUAUCGAUAUUGAUUUUGUGAUGUUACUCUUGAAAAGUCAUAUCGACAAAUGUCGAGCAGCGGGCCAGCUCACGCCCAAGGUUGUGGUUAUGAGUGCCACCGUCGAUGUCGAUCUCUUUGCUUCAUACUUUAGUAACAUCGAUUCAGAGGGGAGGCCAACACCAGCGCCUCACGUUUCAAUACCGGGUCGUCAAUUCCACGUCAAAUCACACUACUUGGACGAUGUCAUUACCAAUUUGACUGAUAGUCUCAAAGCAGAUGUUCUCACCUGGUGUUUAAAAGAGCCAGCGACUGCCAAAUUCUUGAAGAAUCACUAUCGCAAUUUCGCACCCGAGGCCGAGGCCGAGGCUGAGGAAGCGCAAGACGAGCCAGAGGAUGACGAUCUUGGAGAGUCACCCCCUACUCUGGGAGGGAGUGACGCAGCAAUACCUUUAUCGCGACCCGCUGGGUUGAAGCAAGUCGAUGAUGCCUCUGUUGUUCCGACAGGCCUGAUCGCCGCAGUCACGCAUCAUCUAUUGAGCACAACUGACAGCGGUGCCAUUUUGAUUUUCUUGCCUGGUCUUAGCCAGAUUAUUGCUACUGAAUCACAGAUUCUCCAGGCAGCGGAAAUGCUAGGCCUGGACUUUGCUGACGGGAACAAGUACAAGCUCCUAAAGCUGCACAGCAGCCUGCCGGAGGAGCUUGCGAAUCUAGAGCGCGAGACGCCCGAAAGCUGCCGCAGGAUACUGCUUGCAACGGAUAUUGCAGAAGCAUCACUCACAAUCCCUGAUGUGAAAUACGUGAUUGAUUCGGGCAAAGUGAACCAGUUGAUGUACGAUCCGUGGAGCCGGUCACAUCAGAUGAGCUGUUCGUGGGCGAGUCAAUCAAGUACAGUCCAGCGAGCUGGGCGGGCAGGCCGAGUUCACGAUGGAGAUUACUUCUUUAUGGGAAGCAAGGACUGCUUCGACUCGCUACGAGUCACGAAGUCCCCCGAGAUUCUUCGAAGUGAUCUUCAAUCUGUCUGUCUGCGUGCGAAGCUGUCUAAUCCAUCUUCGACCAUCCGUGAAUUCCUGCAGCAAGCUAUUGAGUCGCCUGAGAUCACCGAUAUAGACAUGGCUGUGACCUCGCUCAAGCAAUUGCAGGCCCUGGACAGCAACGAAAAGAUGACAAAUCUCGGCUCCUUGGUCAGUCACAUGCCGAUACUUCCUCCGCAUCUUGCCAAACUUGUUAUCAUGGGCGCCAUUUUCCGAUGCCUUGACCCUGUCUUGAUCAUAGCUACACUGGGACAGCAAUCGAACUUCUUCUAUCGGGGUAGCGACGACCAGCAGCGGCUCAACGCCUGGAAUAACCAAUCUGCAUUUGCUGGACAAAGCUCAAGCGAUCAUCUCAGCACAGUCAAUGCUUUCAAAGCUGUACGGUCUGUCUGGAUCGAGGAAGGGUGGCGGGCCGCUCACAAGUUUGCGAUCUCUAAGAAUGUCUACCUUCCAGUCUAUAGAGAGGCUUUCCUCACCUCCAAUCAGAUUCUGCGCCAGUUGGAACAAGCACAAAUCGUCGACAAGUGGCUGUUGACCGGAAAGGACGCCGAGGGCCGCUUCGGAGGACCGAAGUUGAACGUCAACUCGAAUAAUGUGCCCUUGAUCAAAGCGCUGCUGCUCCAUUGUCUCUACCCUCGUUUGGCAGCCCCCAACCCCGACUCGAAUUCGACCUUUGCCACUCAAACCGAGCAGAAAGCCGUUCUAUUCUCGGGUAGCAUGACGAAAACCGGUCGAAAGGCGCCUCGCGCACUGCUCGUCUUCAAUCAGAAAUUCAUAUGGGGAAAGCCUCCCCAUAUCACUGCAUUCAAAGAAGCUUCGAUUGUGACACCUCUUGCGGCGAGUCUGUUCGGUGGCCAAGUAACCGUACAUCGCUCGUCAAUGAUUAUGGAUUCAUGGUUGCGCAUGGGCGUGGAAGUCCUUGACGCGGCCUCGACACCGAAGCAAGUGAUUGAUGACAUGAUCCUAUUCAGGGAAGCACUGCACAAGGCCCUGAACACCGCAUUCGAAUCCUAUCGAAGCGAUUUCGAGAUCCUGCAGAACAAGAAGACUCGAGGCACAUUCUUCAAUGCUCGCAGUGAUUUCUGCAUGAACCUACAGCAGGUCGUCACAGGAAUACUGGAUCGUGACUGUGACACAGCACGAGCAACUGCGCCUUCGGCGUGGAAUGCUCAUGACCUCAGUCAUUAUUCGGACUAA